AUGGCGGCCCCUGCUAAUGUACAUGUCUCAUCUCACCCUCUCCUUCAAGCCAAGCUCUCUCAGAUCCGUUCGGCUUCAACUACGACCAGAGAGACUCGCAAUCUGGUUCAUGAGAUUUCGACGAUCCUAGGGGUCGAGGCCUUCGCCUCUGGCUGGAAAGCCACAGGCACAGGAAAGACUGAUUCCACCCCAUUGGGCCUCCAAUAUGAGACGAAGGGCAUCGACCCCGCAAACAUCGCAUUGGUACCCAUUCUCCGUUCAGGCCUGGGCAUGAUCGAUGCUAUCAACGACCUCCUUCCCUCUCCAGUCCCAAUCUAUCACCUUGGCCUGUUCCGCGAACGCUUCUCCCUCCAACCCGUCGAAUACUACAAUAACCUCCCAUACCAGCGGCCCGAGCAAUCUUCGGGCCCCAACAGUGUCAACAUCGCGGCCGCUUCUGUCGCUGUCCUUCUCGACCCGAUAAUCGCGACCGGUGGCACAGCCGAGGCGGCCAUCCAGCUUCUCCGCGAAUGGGGCGUGCAGCGCGUAGUCAUGCUCAGCGUGCUGGGGUCGGAAGAUGGAGUGAAGCGCGCGGCGACCUGUUGGCCUGAGGGCGUGGAGGUGUGGAUUGGCGCCGUGGAUGAGAGGUGCAAUGAUAGGGGGAUGAUUGUACCGGGGCUGGGGGACAUUGGAGAUCGGUUGUUUGUUGCGAUUGGGAAGUAA